CCGACGUUCCCUUUCUUUUCGAGUCCAUACUUCAAUAUGCCUCCGAAGAAGGAUACCAAGGGAUCGGCUAAACAGCCGCAAAAGACCCAGAAGAAGAAGGAAGGAGGAUCCGGCGGCAAGGCCAAGAAGAAGAAGUGGUCGAAAGGAAAGGUUCGCGACAAGCUUAAUAACCAGGUUCUGUUCGACAAGGCCACGUACGAAAAACUGUACAAGGAAGUUCCCGCCUAUAAGCUGAUCACUCCGUCGGUCGUAUCCGAAAGGCUGAAGAUUCGCGGUUCGCUAGCGAAGCGAGGCCUGCGCGAGCUUUGCCAGAAGGGACUCAUCAAGCAGGUCGUGCACCACCAUGCUCAGGUGAUCUAUACCCGCACCACGAAGGGAGACGAUCCAGUAGCGUAAAUCGAUUCGCUGUUUGUGUGAAACAUGUGAAGUGAAUUAUCCACCUCAACCAACAACAACGUUGAGGGUUCUGUAACCAGAACUUGAAAGUGAAUCCAAGAUGAACGAGGAAAAAUUGCACGGUUCGAAUUGGAAGAAAUAUACUUCUAAUUAACUAAG